AAUUGGUCUGACGCUCGGGUGAAGCAUUUAUUUUGGAUCUUAUGAUCAAACCCGCUGUAAAAUAACAAUAUUGUUGCCUUCGUUUUUAAACCAGGACUGAAAGCAAUGCAUCCUCAUUUAUUUAGUUUCACACCUUUUCUGUUAUAUAAUAAAAAAAUAUAUAAUAAUAAUUAGACGCAUAGAGUCAACCAGUACAUUAAGGUACAGUACAGAAAGUCAAUAUCAUUUUUGGUUCACGUAUUUAUGUGCUCAUUUGAUUUUUUUUUUUUUUCAAAUGCAGGACUUCAUUGUUCUGUGGAUGGAGGAGGUAAUUAAAUUAGCCUGGCCUUGUGAAUUUUUCACAGAUUAUGAUUUAUUGUGUUUAGAACGUAAGCAAGUGUGCGCUGAGGCCUGAUCCAUUGAUCCGCCUCAGCUCCCGUUUGUGAUUUGUGUGACAUGGUGAAGCCCUAUAGCCAAUGAGCGCAUCCUGUGCGCCAAGUGGCAGAGAGCGCUCCGUGCGGGCUCACACAUCGUGUUGAGAGGAGAGGAACGAGACGAAUACCUCACUAGUGCUGAAUACUGACGAGAGACUGCUCACAACACGUGAGGGAACAACAGACGGACUCCAACAAGUUGUUUUAGACACAGAAACGCUUUGAUCGCUCGAUCGAAGGACCUUAAUUGUUUUUCGCCCUUCCUGAAAGGAGCUUCCGUCGUUUUCUUCCACGCGAAUUGGUUUGUCGUGAAUCUAUUUCUGUUGACUUUAUUGCUUUGAAUAGCGCAUGUUGUGGACCAUUCAGCUGGGAUGUAGAGCAGGUCUACCUAAAAAGUUAUAUCCGUCUUUGGACAGGAUUAUAGUGAAACUAAACGAAGGAAAAUCCAAGCGUGUGUUGGUUCGUGAAAACUGAAACACUCCUCUGAAAGUUAACUGACUUUUUAAAAUUUAGGGUGGAUUGCUUUACGAUGAUCUCCGUUCGGAGGCCAUAGCGGACCCUUUUCCUUUCCCUCAUUACUGCCACACUCCAAUGAUGACUAUGAGCUCUAUAUCGGACACUUUAGUACCGCCCGAUCCCUCCAAAUCGGCCUUUUUGGAGUUCGGUGGCCACAGCUACACCGGACAUCCCGGACAUCAACAACCCUCUCCCGGUUUAUCCCACAACCAUUACUCGGUCCAUGGUUUGCACGCUGUCGGACCGUCGCAGCACGACGGACCCUUCUCCUCUGGUGCGCCUUCUUAUGGCCGUCCGUUGGGAUACCCGUCCUACCACAGUCCCGUGAGCGCUCAUCAUCCAGGGCCUUACCUGGCAUACCAGCACGGGGGUCACGCGCUUGGACACACCAGGCUGGAAGAUACAGAGUUUGAGAAGCCCACAACAGUAAUUGAGAAUGGAGAGGUGAGGCUGAAUGGGAAGGGGAAGAAGAUAAGGAAGCCUCGGACCAUUUACUCCAGCCUGCAGUUGCAGGCGCUUAACCAGCGCUUCCAGCAAACCCAGUAUCUCGCCCUGCCAGAGAGGGCCGAUCUAGCAGCCAAACUGGGCCUGACGCAGACCCAGGUAAAGUGGCGAACAACACACUUGGUGAAAAUAUGGUUCCAAAACAAACGAUCCAAAUACAAGAAGAUCAUGAAGAACGGACCCUGUCGACCUGAAGAUAGAGACCUCGCUCCCCCACCACCAUCCUCUUCCUCUCCAUGCUCCCUGUGGGACAUCGGCAUGGCUGCCAAAGGUGCCCCAGUGCACUCAGGAGGAUACAUGAACAAUUUUGGACACUGGUACCCCGGACACCAACAGGACCCCAUGCCAAGGACUCCAAUGAUGUGACACCCAAGAGGGAGUAACACCAGGAAAUUUAAUGGAUUGAUUCCAUGACACAGACUGGAGCUGUUAUGGAUGCAAACUUUGUCUUGUUUCUGAGAAACUCUGCAGUCAAAGAUGACAGGGGGACACAUAGUGUGGCAUAGUUCCUUGAGGCUGAAGGAAGAGACUUAGUGUUUACUUCUUUAAGUCUAUAAAUGCAUAGUUACAUAUGUUUAUAAGUUAAUAUUGUCACUUAGUUAAUUUGAAACUGUUUAGCAUAUAUUUGAUCAAAGGAGACUGUGGCUUUGGUGAACACCAGCCUUGGCUAACUAUUAGUAACUAACUAGUAACUAUUACUCUCUCGUUUUUCUGUGAAAUAAAAAGCAGUCGGUUGGUAAAUACUCAUCCAUGUCUGUACACAAUAAAACCUUGAAAAUG